GACGGGGGGUCGGCCUCGGCUCUAACGCGAACCGCCACAUCCUCCAUCACGACCGGCUUUGUGAGCGCUCCCUGCAGCUGUAUCGCGUCGAAAGAGGCUGGAAAGGAGGAGAGCAGCAUCGAGACCCUCCUCCUGCAGCUGCUGCACCCAGAGUCAUGGGCAACACGCCGGCUGCCAAGCGAGGAAACGAGAUGGAAAGCGUCAAAGAGUUCUUGGCCCUCGCCAGGGAAGACUUCCUCAGGAAAUGGGAGAAUCCUGCACAGAACACAGCGUCUCUGGACCAGUUUGACUUGCUGAAGACUCUGGGCACGGGCUCAUUUGGCCGAGUGAUGCUCGUCAGACACCGAGAGAAUGGCCAGCACUACGCCAUGAAGAUCCUCAACAAGCAGAAGGUGGUUAAACUGAAGCAGAUAGAGCACACUCUGAAUGAGAAGAGGAUUCUGCAGGCCGUCAGUUUUCCGUUCCUGGUGCAGUUGGAAUUCUCCUUCAAGGAUAACAGUAAUCUGUACAUGGUGAUGGAAUACGUUCAGGGAGGAGAGAUGUUUUCACACCUGCGCAGAAUCGGCAGGUUCAGUGAACCUCACGCCCGCUUUUAUGCAUCUCAGAUAGUUCUAACGUUUGAGUAUCUGCAUGCUCUGGACCUCAUCUACAGAGACCUGAAACCAGAAAACCUCCUCAUUGAUCAGCAGGGCUACAUACAGGUGACGGACUUCGGCUUUGCGAAGCGAGUGAAAGGACGCACAUGGACGCUGUGUGGGACGCCGGAGUAUCUCGCUCCAGAGAUCAUCCUGAGCAAGGGUUAUAAUAAGGCGGUGGACUGGUGGGCUCUGGGCGUGUUGGUGUAUGAGAUGGCUGCUGGUUAUCCUCCGUUCUUCGCCGAUCAGCCCAUCCACAUCUACGAGAAGAUCGUCUCAGGAAAGGUGCGCUUCCCUUCCCACUUCAGCUCAGACCUGAAGGAGCUGCUGAGGAACCUGCUCCAGGUGGACCUCACCAAGCGCUACGGAAACCUCAAGAACGGUGUCAACGACAUCAAGGGUCAUAAGUGGUUCUCUACCACUGACUGGAUAGCCAUUUACCAGCGGAGGGUGGAGGCUCCGUUUAUCCCGAAGUGCAGGGGCCCUGGCGACACCAGCAACUUUGACGACUACGAAGAGGAAGAGAUCCGAGUGUCCGUCACAGAGAAAUGCGCGAAAGAGUUUGCCGAGUUUUAGAAAAGCGUGAGAAUAGAGGAUAGAGGGGAAGAGAGAGAGAGAGAGGGCGAUAGAGAGAGGAAGAGGGAGAAUACGCAUGACGGAUGAUUUGUUUUCUGUGUUUAGAAUCAGUGAGAGCAGCUAAAGGAGCACAGCGACGACCUUGAAGGACAGACAAACGAUGCCUUCACCAUCUCGUUUCUUCACCGAUGCUCAUAUUUAUUCUUUUGGCUUUGAUUUCCAUUGAUGUGAUGUCGAUCACGUACGAUCUGGUGCCAGUGAAGUGUCCGAUAGCAGUCGAGAACCAGAUAAACGAGCGCUCGGCGCGAAAACGAGCGUCCGUCCGGAGAGAGCGCGCUCCGGCGACAUUCAUCUACACCUCAGGACCGUUCAGAGCCGUGCUAGGCCGUCAUAUCAACCACCAAGACAAAAAUAUAUAUAAUUCCUGUGUGAUAAUUGACAUAUUUUGGAUCCUUUGUGUUACUUUUAGGCCUUUGUGUUGUUUUACAUUGAAAAGGAGUCACAGUGGUUUUGAAUGGUGGUGAAAAAAGCCAUGAUUCUGUCAUGUUUUAGUGCCGAGUGUAGGAAUUAUUAUUAUUAAUAUUAUCAUUAUUAUUAUUAUUAUCAUUAUUAUUAUUAUUAUUUGUUCUUGUUUAUUAUUUGUCUGUGGGAGGGUGUCUGUGUCAGCAUAUCUCAUUGAUUAAUCUCGUGAAAACGUGCCAUAAAUUGACACUUAAAAUCAGCUCAUUGGUGGACUGUUUGGGUGUUACAGGGGAAGUCCACCAAUUUUUCAAAAUUUAAAUAAUUCUAGAGACGUAAAACAAAGUCAUUCACAGUGGCUUGUCGUGAAAUGCUCCAUGUUAGAGAAACGAGUCCUUGCAGUGGUGGCGAUAGGAACCAAGGGGACGCAAAUACAGUGGUGUGCAAAAGUUUAAGCACCCCUUUAAAAAAAAUGUAUAAAUUAUAAACUCACAAAGUUCACACAUCAUCUACAAACACACUUAAAUAUGGCAUUUUCUGCAUAAUGUAACAUAAAUUUAAUAAAGUUGAACAUGUUGGCGGGGGGGCGGGGGUCAUUUUUUAAGUUAAAUUGAGGAAAUAGACAGUAAUUGUGCAUUAAAAUGUGCAGAGACGUUUUCUCUGAUGUGUUGUGUUAACUCUUCACUUAGAAACUCAACAGCUAAUUUGACCGGGGGGGCCCAGACUUUUGCAUACGACAGUAUAACCAAUUUGUUUACUUUCCAAACCACGAGUGAACCUGUUUUAGAGACAAAGUAUUCUCAAAACUACCAUAAACCAGUGUAUCAGACAUUCAGCAGCAUAUUCAAAGCCAUUUCCUGUAGUAACUCUCUGUGAGGGAGCUUUUAGAGGUGGACGUCUGGUUCCGAUCACCACCACUGUGAACAGUUCUGACUCGGUAAGUUUC